CACACGCAGUACAUGCACAGACUGACACAGACUGAGACACAGAGCACAAGAAUGGAAUAUGGAAGAAGAGCAGCAUGUGGUUAUAUUUUCAGACUGAAAAUGAGACAACAGCAAGCUGAGUAAUUUGUAAAAAGGCUGUAAGGAGAGGAUCCUUGAGAGUCAGAGGCUCUAAGACCACAAAGAAACCCGAGGACUUCCCACUGUCCGGAGUGAAUGAGAGCAACAUGAGGCUUCCCAUGCGAUGCUUAGCACAUAACAGGCGUGUGUUGGUACUGGUUGUAGUUUUAGGUUUGGUGUGCUUGGCAAUUGUCUCUCUACCACUGUUUGAGACAGAGAGUAGUGUACAGCUGGACUGGCACGUUGACCCUGCUCACAAACAGUCAGUCCACCAGUACAUCCACAAAGUUCUGGAGGGUGAGUGCCAACCAGGCAGCGCCAGGCAGAGCUUGCUAGCACGACUCCCUCCUUCCAGUCAGAUCACCCAGCCUUUCCUGUGGAAGGACGUACCUCUUCCUGAUGACCUCUUCCUGUUUUCACCGCCAUUUGGGUUCAGAGGUCUUCAGGACAAACUAAAAGAUCUGCUGAGCCUGCUUCCAGACUCUGAUUCUGUCUCCAAGCUGGGACAGGCUUCCAAUAAAUGCCAGCGUUGUGUGGUUGUGGGAAAUGGAGGCAUCCUCAGGGGCCUGGAACUAGGUCCCCUGAUCAACCAAUAUGACAUCAUUAUCAGGUUAAACAGCGGGCCUCUGGGAGAGUUCAGCACUGAUGUUGGAAAUCGAACCAGCAUCAGAAUGAGUUACCCAGAGGGCACGCCGCUCGCCUGGGUCGACACAGACACAGACACUCUGUUCGUAGCCGUGGUAUAUAAAAGUGUGGACAUCAGCUGGACGUCUGCCAUGAUCAAUAAACUCGCUGUGCCUCUGUGGGAGUGGCUGUUCUUCUGGCAGAAAGUUCCAAAUCAAAUCCCUCUGGAGCCACACAGGUUUAGACUUCUAAAUCCACAAGUGAUCAGAGAGACCGCAUUGGACCUGCUGAAAUACCCUCCACCAAGACCACGACUGUGGGGCUGGGACCAGAAUGUGCCUACCCUGGGUGUAUCAGCGCUCAACUUAGCCAGUCUGCUAUGUGAUGAGGUGAGCCUGGCAGGCUUUGGGUACAACCUCUCUCACCAGGGGGCGCCGCUGCACUACUAUGACCACUUAACUAUGAGCGCCAUGCAACAGCAGAAGAUGCACAAUGUGGACAGAGAAACUGAACUCCUCCAAAGCCUCAUUAAAGCAGGAACAAUCACUGACCUGACAGGAGGCAUCCACUGCUCGUUCUGUCCCAGUUUGUCAACUCGUGGUAUCUGAGUGUAAAUUAAACAAAGGACACGCACAAACUGAACAAGUUGAGGUACCAACAGUGGUGAGACUUAACUGUGAGUAACAACAAAGUCAAAAAACAAAGUAAAACAAACAAAAAAAAAAGAUACGUAGUCACAAAGUGCAACUUGAAGAUAAAAAUCAAAGACAGUGCUGGCUGCGUUCAGUGGUUUGAAAUCCUUCAGUGAGAAUUGUAAUUCAUGGACCUCAUUUUGUAUGUACAGCAGAAUGAUGCUUUCCACUGAUUUUGAUCCCUGUCAGCAUUGCGGGCAUAUGCUUUCAGAUGUUAAUGUAAUUGCAGGCAAUUUAAAAAUUAUUGAGCUUAAAUAACAGUUUUAAUCCAUAGAUAAGUUACCCACUUCCGAGCAGAAAACUGGACAAAGUGAUGUUUUACUGGUACCAUGACAUUUUUAUUUGUGUGUUAAUGAAGUACUAUCAACCAUUCCAAACCCCAUACUGGACUAUUGAAUGGUAGAGCCUUCAAUACCAUAUUUUACAGUGUAUUAUAUUUUUGUUGACACUAAUACAAAAUUCAAGUGUAGUGCAUGUAGAUUGACCUGCAUCAGCCCAGAGUGUCCUCCUGGACAUAUAUGAAGCAGGUUUCAAACAUUAGAAACAUACAGCAGCUUAAACUGAAGGUGUUAGGAGAUAUUUUUGGUCAUUCCUGACAUUAAAUAACUGCUGUAAGUUUUUAUCAGUGAUCAUUACAUUCUUAAAAAGACUGUUGUAACUCUAUUUGUUGCUGUGUUCUACUAUUGAUACCAGUUCUGUUUUAUGUUGUCCAGCAGCAAUUUAUUUAUUUUUCAGUAUUUCAACACUUACUGUGAGAAAGUGUUAUUUAUUAACUGUUUGUUUUUCAAAAUUUAUAUCUCACUUGUAUUAUGUAAUUACGCAAACUUCACCGGCACACACCUGAAUAUAAAUGCUUCAUAUUUUAAAAAGAAGUGUAAAUAAAAACUUUUUCAGUGGAAACAGCAUGUUGUCAAUGAAAUGUUGCCACAUUACCAGCAA